GUCGUGUUGUGGCAGCAUUGCAGAGAACGCUUUGUACUCUCUCGUGCUGUGACUGCGUGAGGUAGCGUGGAUCGACGCUGCACUGGAAGCGCUGCGUGUGGACGCACUGCAACUGAAUUGGUGGGAUCACACUUUCGCAGUUGGGCAAAAAAGACUCAGGACAUCUAUCAGCAGAGCAACUAAAGAACCUAAAGAUUGCCGAGGAAGAGUCUUUGAAAGAACAAGAGAACCGAAAGCGAAAAAGACGAGAUGAGUCAUCCAGCCCUACAACUCGGGAUCUUACUGAUCAUCGUCUCUUGCGAGGCGACUGUAACCCCAGCAUCCGACUUCAACAAGGAUCUUGAUGCCCAAGUCUUACUAAAAAUCUUGCAGGACCCCCAGGGCACGAACACACAGGGUAUCGUCAAUGUCCUCGGGAAAAGAAGCAAUGCACAGAGACAGAGGAUAAUCGUUCGAUACAAGCGCGCAUACAACAGGAAUCUUGUAAAGGACCUAAAGACUAAACUUUCAGGCAACUUCAAGAAGACAAUUCUUGCCCUGAUGAAUCUUCCAGCCUUGUACCAAGCCAAGUGCAUCAUAAGAGCCAUGAAGGGUGCUGGGGCUGAUAUAGAUGCGCUGAUUGAGAUCAUUGCCACGAAGAGCAGUCAGGAAAUUCUGGCCCUUAAAGUGGCUUACAACUCCGAGACGGGGACUCCGUUGACGACAGAAUUGGUAGGCGAGACAACUGGAGAUCUCCGACGCCUGCUGCUCGGGCUGAGCACGGUCAUGCGAGACGGGUCGUCAGAGGUUGACGGUGCUGAAGUGAGCAGGGACGCGAAUUCGCUUCUCGAGGCGGCAGUCAAUAGCCCUAGCAUUGACGAGGUUGUAUUCCAGAGAAUCUUCGUGUCCCGAAGUAAGCAACAUCUCUUGGCCGUCUUCCGUGAAUAUCAACAGCUGGCUGGUAUCUCCAUUGAGAAAACCAUUGAACACGAAAUGGUUGGAUACCUCAGAAGUGCAUAUCUUACCAUAGUUGCCUUUUUGCAGAACCCACAUCAAUAUUUUGCAGACCAGCUGCACAAGGCGAUGUCAGGAGAAGAAACCGAUGAAGAACAGCUGAUUCGCAUCAUUGUGACCCGUUCCGAGGUUGACCUGACGCAAAUCAAAGAGGCCUACGCCGACUCACACGGCAAGCCACUGGCGAGCACCAUCAAGAGCCACACCAGCGGCGACUUUUGUAGAAUUCUUAUUGCACUCGUCGGGGAGUAGAGAGCGUUGUGUUUGCAUGGCGGCACAGUCAUUCCCCGGAGUUGGAGACAAUUUUGGAGAAAUUUACUACGAAAUUUCUUGAAGUCAUUUAUUAGCGAGAAUUGGGAGGGAGGCACAUUGCGCUAGUUUUAGUGAAUCCAGAAUAGGAUCCGUUAUCGGUGUAGAUUUGGAAAUACUUUGUUAACGGAUUAAAGGGCGCAGGUUCUUGAAAUGUGGUGUCGGGAGACGAGGAAACCUUUCUUAAAUAUUCAUCGUUUAUUUAAUGAGUCCAGAUGAAUAAUCGAAUCCAUAUUGGUAGUCAUGAACACUUUAAGAAGAAACUGGACAUGCGUACUAGAGUCCUGUAAGUAAUCAGUCAUCACGUACGAACUCAUUAUGGCCCUGUUUGUUUCGCGUGGCUCCGGAUCAAUAUCAAUGCCAUCCGACGUUGGUUCACUGACACCAGAACCCGCCUAAUGGAUGGCGUGAACCAGCUUUGGGAUCACUGUCAGAGAUAGAGAUCCAUGUUAAAAUUAACAGUCGUAACUUUUGCCGUACAAUCAUCAGCACAUCUUGCUUCGUAUCUGACGUAACUGAGGUCCCUUGUAAUAGGUACAAACAGAUAAGAACGAGCCAUUCUUGUAACACUGUUGAUGGGUGUUGAGCGCAAUGCCCAAAAUUCACUCAUGCAUGCUGCGGCAAAGAAUCAGUGUGGGCUUACAUUCCAAUAAAAGCAAAAUUGUGGCGAAGGUGUAAAAUGUACACAAAUUAGGGGAAAGAUUGAAAAUGCAUAUCAUGUUCCAUUUGUCCUUUGAUCUCCAAUUGUUGUUUGAUUUGGACACCAUUUCCUGAACUGUUAUUCUUCUCUUGAUUAAACCAGUCACGAAAAUGUCCUCUUUUUGUAGCCUCAACGGCUCGAAUCGGCAUCACAACUCAUUGUUCCUUCCAGAUGUCUUAUCAAUGGUGGCCACUUUGCAAAUAAGGGAUAAUUUACAUACGUGGUUUUUCUACCAGGUUUUGGUGUUGCAGCACACGGCGCUGUCGAUCGAUAAACGUCUGUAUUUACAAACCAGAGCGAAGUUUUGAAGACACUAUGCGUUCUGACCAAUCAUGGAUUUCGUUGGAUUUGACGUCACGGUCUGCGGUGAUAUCGUUGUCGUUGAGGAGUGUUAUUAAUAACAUACAUACUAAGUGGGUUCGAACUCUUGUAUAAGCGCAGCAUUACCGCUUUCGUUACGGCACGCACGUGUAAAUGGGCUUCUACGUCGUUACCCUGAAAAUUAAUUUGACACAUGACAAUUGAAUUAUCUUGAAAAAGUUUGGUGUGUAACUAACAUUCCAAAAACAUUCUAAGUGAUGUAUUUCCCACUAACCAACAGUUCUUUUUCUUACGUUUACUUUUAUCACUCUCGGUUAUAUUGAAUCACUCUCGGUUAUAUUGAACACCUAUAUUAUUAGUGGUAUGUGGAAAAAUCCAUUUAUUAAGUAAUACGGUUUUAUAUCAGAAUUAUGAGAAGGAAUAUAAAAAGGAGUUAAUUGGUUAGCGGAUGAUUGUUUUAUUAUUUUACAAUCAAAAAGGCACGGAAUUUUAUUUUAUUCUACAUUUAAAUCCAAUAUAAACUGGAUUAAUAUUUUACUGUAGUUUUAAAUACAGGUUAGCAAUACAAGGGCUCAAAAGGUGCAUUAAAAUUAUGGGAGGUUUGUACGUCGGAAAUAAAUCAAGCAAAAGAGCCAUUUCAUUGUUACUGUGUUGUUUUGUAAGCAGGUUUUAAAGACAAAUACCGACGAAAAUGUCCAAAGCCUGUAAGGAUUUACUUCAUCGUUAUGCAAAAUUUUUCAUACGUUUGUCACCUUGUUUACACAUGCACACUGAGUUUUCACCAGGUGUAAGGAUAUCCAUGGGUCAGGUACGCAUCUCUAAUGCGCACAAAACAUCUAUUAACACUUUUGGUUUUAAUAUAACA